AUGUCCCUCGACCAGUUCGGGCCGAGAGACUUGUACUGCUGGACCCGCGAGACAGUGUCUAGGGCCAUCAUGGGAGGCUUCUACGGGAAGUUGAGAAUUGCUCCCUCCGUCAUCGCAUCCAAGGCAUUCAAAGCGAGAACAGAGGUCAUUGAAGCCCUGGAGGCGUACAUCAGGCGCGAGGAGGAUUUUGGUGCCGAAGUUCCUCAGUUCACUCGGGACAGAUUUGCUGCAGAACGAAAAUUCGAAAUGUCGAUGCACAACAGCGCCAAGAUUGAGAUUCUCCUCGCCACCGCCCUCGCCAAUAUUUCCACGCUGACCUUCUGGCUUCUAUCCAACAUUUACAGCCAGCCAGAUCUUUUGGCUCAUAUUCGAACCGAGCUUCUCAGUGCCGCAGUUACCACCAAUCGAACUGAUCAGAAUCACGUCGAGAUGACGCUUCAUCUGGGGAAAAUCAAAGAGCACUGCCCACUUCUACUGUCUUGUGCGCAAGAGACGGAGCGACACAACAUCGUGGACAACAUUACGCGAACGGUGAUGACAGACACGACGAUAUCGGACGGUGGCCGCUCGUACCUCCUCAAGAAAGGGAACAACGUCCAGAUGCCGCUUAGCAUUCUACAUAGCGAUGCCAAGGUAUGGGGCGCCAACCCAGAAAGCUGGCAAGGUGACAGGUUUCUGAACCUGGGCUACAAUGCAUCAUCACCACCUGGUUUCCUCCCAUUUGGAGGUGGCAAGCAUGUUUGGUACGUGGAUUGA